AUGGCGACGUGCUUGGAGAGCCUUGGGCCGCUGCUCGGCGGCGCGGCGAACUCCACCGACGCCGCCAACUACAUCUGCAACAAGUUCACGGACACCGCCUCCGCGGUGGACGCGACGUACCUGCUCUUCUCGGCCUACCUCGUCUUCGCCAUGCAGCUCGGGUUCGCCAUGCUCUGCGCGGGAUCCGUCCGCGCCAAGAACUCCAUGAACAUCAUGCUCACCAACGUGCUCGACGCCGCGGCCGGCGCGCUCUUCUACUACCUCUUCGGCUUCGCCUUCGCGUUCGGGACGCCGUCGAACGGCUUCAUCGGGAAGCAGUUCUUCGGGCUGAAGCACAUGCCGGAGACCGGGUACGACUACGACUUCUUCCUCUUCCAGUGGGCCUUCGCCAUCGCCGCCGCCGGCAUCACGUCCGGCUCCAUCGCCGAGCGGACGCGCUUCAGCGCGUACCUCAUCUACUCCGCCUUCCUCACCGGGUUCGUGUACCCGGUGGUGUCGCACUGGUUCUGGUCAACCGACGGGUGGGCUUCGGCCAGCCGGCUGACGGGUCCGUUGCUGUUUGAGUCGGGCGUCAUCGACUUCGCCGGCUCCGGCGUCGUCCAUGUGGUCGGUGGCGUUGCUGGCCUGUGGGGUGCCUUCAUCGAGGGUCCCCGCAUCGGGCGGUUCGACGCCACCGGCCGCACGGUGGCGAUGAAAGGGCACAGCGCCUCCCUGGUUGUGCUCGGCACCUUCCUGCUGUGGUUCGGGUGGUUCGGCUUCAACCCGGGGUCUUUCACCACCAUCUCCAAGAUAUUCGGCGAUUCGGGGACGAUCGACGGGCAGUGGUCGGCGGUGGGGCGCACCGCCGUGACGACGUCGAUAGCCGGCAGCGUCGCCGCCCUGACGACGCUCUACGGCAAGAGAUGGCUGACGGGCCACUGGAACGUGACCGACGUCUGCAACGGGCUCCUCGGCGGCUUCGCGGCGAUCACCGCGGGCUGCUCCGUCGUCGACCCGUGGGCGUCGGUGAUCUGCGGGUUCGUGUCGGCGUGGGUCCUCAUCGGCUGCAACAAGCUGGCGGUGAUGCUCAAGUUCGACGACCCGCUGGAGGCGACGCAGCUGCACGGCGGGUGCGGCGCGUGGGGGGUCAUCUUCACCGCGCUGUUCGCGCGCAAGGAGUACGUCGAGCAGAUCUACGGGCAGCCGGGCAAGAAGCGGCCGUACGGGCUGUUCAUGGGCGGCGGCGGGCGGCUGCUCGCGGCGCACAUCGUGCAGAUCCUGGUGAUCGUCGGGUGGGUCAGCGCCACCAUGGGCACGCUCUUCUACGUGCUGCACAGGCUCGGCCUGCUCCGCGUCUCGGCCGCGCAGGAGAUGGACGGCAUGGACCCGACGAGCCACGGCGGGUUCGGCUACGUGGACGAGGACGAAGGCGAGCGCCGCGUCACGCCCAAGUCGGCGUCGGCGGCCGUGGAGCCCAGAAAGUCGCCGGAGCAAGCCGCGGCAGCAGGCCAGUUGGUGUAGGGAGUGGUACGUGUCAGCUUGCGCUAGUGAAUUUGUGAAGUGUGCAUAU